CCGUUGCCUCCGCCCGCCUGCGUGUCGGUGUGACUCGCCGGCCGCCGCCCCCUCAGCCCCGGCCCGGUGGCGCUGCGUCUCGGGGGACCCCUGGGCUGCGACCACUUCCCGGUGGCCGCCGCGCCGCCUUCUCCUCUCCCCGACCUGGCCGCGGCCUUUGGCUCCCGGCCCCUGCCGAGCCGCGGCGACUCGGAGGGGCGAAGCCACCGGGGCCCCUGGCCCUGCCCUGCUCACCUGCGGCCCCUUCCUCCCUGCAGUGGCUUCCUGACAGCUUCGCCAUGGAAGGCGGCGGCGGCGGCGUGCCUUCGGCCAGCCGGGCGGGGGACGCGGAGACGGACGUUCCUGAGAGGGAAGACAUUCGUCUUUUGGCCGAUGAAAAAUUUGACUUUGAUCUUUCGUUGUCUUCUUCAAGUGCAAAUGAAGAUGAUGAAGUGUUUUUUGGACCUGUUGGACAUAAAGAAAGAUGCAUUGCUGCCAGCUUGGAAUUAAAUAAUCAAAUUACCGAGCAACCUGUCUUGCCAGUAUCUGAAAGUUGCGUUACUUGGAGCCCUCUCGCUGGGGAGAAGUUUGUGGAAGUGUAUAAAGAGGCACACUUAUUGGCUCUGCGGAUAGAAAGCAACAGCAGAAACAAAGUGGCCCAAGCUGCCCAGCCCACAGACCCCUGGAGCCAAGGGGUGGAACAAUUUGUGCAGGAAUCAAAAUUAAAAAUAAGCCUCUUUGAGAAAGAAAAGGAAAUGAAAAAAAGCCCCAAAUCGCUUAAAAGGGAGACAUAUUACCUGUCAGACAGCCCCCUGAUGGGACUGCCAACAUCGGGCAUGUGGCCUCCUGCGGGUGAGCCCCUACUGCUGGACUCAUCCCUGGGCCCACCAAGUUCACCUGCCCAGACUGGCCUGGCCCCGAUGCAGGGCCCGCUGCAUCCUUCUCGGCCUUUGCCGGGGGAAUCGAGUACUGCUCAUCCUCCGAGUCCGGCAGUGACUCAGAGAAAAGUCACCAGCAAAUUGCAGCUGCCCCGAGCUUCAUCUGUUAGAGGAAGACACAUCCACUUGGCCAUGGAGAAGCCCAAGAAAGAAGUACCAGCUAGUCCUUCCAGGACGAACAUCCCCAAUGGAAAGGAAUGCCGCAGGGAUGUGCCCCCUGACAGACCUGCUCUGGGUGCUGCCGGCCCAGCAGCCAGCGGAAGCCGCUUGGUCCAAGGCAAGCGAUUGCUCCCUGUUCCUAACAAGCUGGGGCUGAAGAAGACCCUGUUAAAACCACCUGGUUGUGCUGGCAGUCUCACAAGGAAGUCGUCUUCCUCAGGGUCUGCUUCAAGUGGCGCGUCCAGUGCGUCUGCAUUGCCAGCAGUAGGCAAAGCUAAAUCAAGCGAAUUUGCAAGCAUGCCUGCAAACAGUUCCCAGCCUCUGUCAAGCAACAGCAAGGCAGGCAAAGCAGGGCCUGCCAUGCUGCCGGCAGGCGCUGCAGGGGCGCCCUCCCAGCAAGCCAGGCGGGUGGAUGUUGAGCUGGCUGCAGAGCAGCCCACAAUGCCCCCUGCAGCUUCUCCCACCCAGCCCCAGACUCCAGAAGGCGGCGGCCUGGGCGUGGACUCUGAUUCCAUUUUGUCAAAAUCUUCUCAACUGAAUAAAACUAGAAGUAUGAGAAGGCGAGAUUCCUACCUAAAUUCCAAGACAAAGGUUGUGCCUACUCCUACAAGUCAGUUUAAAAUUCCCAAGUUUUCUAUUGGUGACUCCCCAGACAGCGUGACGCCGAGGUUCUCCCGGGCUCAACGGCCGCAGUCGUGCACAUCGCUUGGCAGGGUCAUGGUCCAUAGCACUCCCGCUAGACAUUCAUCAGAGACAGCCGCACCCACCCUGCUGAGCAGCAUAGGGACACCCCUGAGUACAAGACGGGGGUCAGCACUGCCCACGCCUGCCAGCCGACGUCUCUCCAGCCUCCCCCUGAGGGCCCCUAAAACCAUGCCCAGGGCUGUGGCUUCUCCCCUGCCUGUGUGUGCUCGGCGACUGUCCUCUGAGCCCCGGAAAAAAUCUGCAGUGAGAACUGACCCAACAAGGGAGGGCAACAGAGAGGUUGAUGCCAGGCAGGCAGACUUGUCACCCGAUGGAAGUUAUUCUCCUCCAUCCAGUGUCCCUCAGGCACUUAACUUUUCUCCAGAAAAAAGUGAUUUUACUUUUUCAAAAAGCAUCACCACGGAAGCAGCUCUGGAUGAAGCAAAGCCAAGUGCAGCGCCCACCCUGAGUGAGGCUCUUGUAGAUAUCACUCUGGACCCGCUGACCACCACUCCCAGCGCUGAGCCCAUACCCCUCGUUGACGUCCCUCUCAUCGACUUGGGCAGCACCCCCGACGCAAGUGGGCCUGUGGGGCCUGAGAGCAGACCUCUGAUCGACCUCAUGAUGAACACUCCAGACAUGGGUAGAAACGUCCUGGCAAAACCCUUACAAGCAGUAGGGCAGCUCAUAGACCUGGGCUCGCCUCUGAUCCAGCUGAGUCCUGAGGCCAACAAGGAAAACGUGGAGUCGCCGCUUCUCAAGUUCUGAGUAGGACAAAACCCUUGCCUUCUCCUCUUUGUUAAAAGAACAGCUAGUCUUAAAGUGGUUUGCAACCCCUCUAAACAUAUUUUAGUAGACAUUUUAUUUGAAAAGGGAUAAAACCAUAAAUACAUUCACUGUGUCUGGAGCAGGGGGCUGCGGUGUUGGGGCUCAGUGCCAACCCCUGAGGUCUCCACCGCCCACAGUCCCCCUCUGCCCUGCCUGUCACUGGGCUGGAUCACAAAGCUGAAGUCACUCUACAUGAAAAACUUUGUUUUGAAUCUUUUGUAUAUAAAAUGGCAAGUGACUAUUUUUAAAGUUAAGUGUAUAUGUAAAGUUAAAUAUUCUAGAUUUAAAUGAAAUUGUAAAAUAAAUGGAAGUAUAUUAAAACAC